AAAAUAAAAUAACCCUAAACUAAGCAGCCGUCCUCCUCCUCUUGUCUAUUAUCUCCCCUGUUCUCCUCCAUCUUCUAAACCUAAAAAAACAAACAGCCGACAGAUCUUCACGAUUCAGCAGGUAAGGUUCAAUCAGCAGCAGCAAGGAUGGUGAAUCCCCACUUUGAUGAUACCAUUAAAGUCAUCGGGGUGGAUGCUGACGGUAAAAAGUAUGACAAAGUUUCGCGUGUUCAAGCAAAAGGGGAGGAAUCGGGUAUGCACAUUGUGCUGGAUGUGAACUCACAGUUGUAUCCUAUGCAUGCGGGACAGAAAUUUAGGAUGGUUUUAUCUCAAACUUUGAAUGAGGAUGGCUCCGCUGCUGUAGCUGCUUCUGAGGGAAGCAAGAAAUCACUUGCGGAUAGAUUCGAGUACGUUAUGCACGGGCUAUUAUACAAGAUCUCAGAUGAUAAGAACCAAAGUGGUGAUGUUGAAGUGGCUGUAUACAUAUCAUUUGGAGGACUUCAACUGCUGAUGAAGGGUGCUCCUGCGAAGAUGGGUAAGUUUAAGGUGGAUCAAAGGUUGUUUCUUCUUCUGCUUAAGGAAUAAAUGUCGAACUCUCUUCAGUUGCUCGUGUGUUCUUGGAUGGAAUGUUUUACCAUGGUACUUUGACCAGUUGGUUUUUAGUUAAUUAACUUUAUUUUAUUGUUGGCUCUUCGUGUCACCUUAAGUUUGUGACGGUUGUUGGGCUCGUGUAUUUUGUGCUUUUGUAGAUGUGGCAAUGUUGACCUUUUUGUGUAAACGUA